AUGGAUAUUGAGUGUGGAAUUCCAAUUUUAGAUUUUCGUAAGAGUACUGGAGUGACACUAGAAGAAGGAAGUCAUGGAUGGAAAGAAAUGAGUAAGAAAGUGAGAGAAGCAUUUGAAAGUCACGGUGCUUUUCUCUUAAGAUGUGAUGAAAUACCACAUGAAUUACGUAAAGAAAUGUUUACGGGUAUGAAAUCUUUGUUUGACCUACCCGAGGAGACAAAGCUGAAGUACACUGGCACAGGGAAUUUUAGAGGCUACAACAAACUUCCUGGCCUUCCCCAUAGUCACAGUUUUAGUAUUGAUGAUGCUUUUCAGUCAGAUACAACUAAAAAAUUCACUAAUCUCAUGUGGUCAGAAGGAAAUCCAUCUUUCAGCGAGGCACUUAUUUCUUUUUCCUCAAAAGCACGAGAACUUAACUCGCUUAUUCUUAAAAUGGCUGUGGAGGGCUUUGGCCUUCCUGAAAAAUACAUUUUAGAAGUUGAAGAGUUGAAUAGCAAUGCUAAUUCACGAAUGACAAAGUAUCAACUUCCCGAAGAAAAUGAAGGUUUUGCUAUUACUUGUGUGCCUCACACAGACAAAGGUACCAUAACCUUUUUAUGCGAGGAUGAAGUUCCAGGUCUGCAGGUAUUACAAAAAUCGGGCAAUUGGGCUGAUGUAAAAUUUCCUCCAAAUGGUUUUAUUGUAAUUGUUGGUGACAUGUUGCAGGCAUGGAGCAAUGGGAGAUUCAAAGCACCAAUGCAUAGAGUGGUGUUAAGAGGAAACAAAGAGAGAUUUGUAUUUAUUCUUUUUUCAGUGCCAAAGAAAGAGACCAUCGUUAAGGCACCCUCUGAGUUGAUUGAUGAAGAAGAUCACCCUUCCCUUUACAAGUCAUUCCCUUUUCAAGAGUUUAUGGAUUUUCUUAAGAUAUAUGGCACUAAAGAGGGAGAACUCAAAGCAUUUGCUGGACUUUAAUGGCUCACUAUUUGAUGCAAGCAAUAAUCCUCUAUAUUGAUGCAAA